AUGCGUGGGUCCUUACGGCGACUUAGGCCAGCACUGUUCACAGGCCAUCGAAGGUUGGCAUGUAACGAAAGCAAAUCCAAAACAGAGUGUCCUAGCAAAGCAGCGGCGGCGACUUUGUCGUUGUCAUCAACGCAGUUCUGGAGCUCAUCGCCGAUAUGGAAACGAGCAGGUAUCAACACUCUCCGGUGCCUCAUUGGUUGCACAGCUGGCGACUUCUCAGCUAUGUGGUACCUGCAGACUUUCCAUGCAGACCUUGGAUUAUCGACGAUCAUGGCGUUAUCCAUGGCCUCUGGUAUCACCACUUCACUACUCCUUGAAACAGCUCUGCUCCGUCUGGGCCGUGACCGCUUAUCGUGGAUCGCUGCUGUAAAGACUGCUGCAGGCAUGAGCAUAAUCUCUAUGGUCACAAUGGAGGCUGCUGAGAACGCUGUUGACCUCCAUCUUACCGGCGGCAUGGUCCAACUCGAUUCACCCGCCUUCUGGGCCGCUGCACUCCUCUCCGUGGCUGCAGGAUUUUUGGCGCCACUUCCUUACAACUACGUUCGAUUGCGAAAGUAUGGCAAAGCUUGCCAUUGA